AGCCCCGCUCCGGUGCCGGUCCCGGCCCCGUCCCGGAGCGGCCGCAGCGCCGCCCCUGCUGUGCCCCGCAGGAAGGAGGAAGGGACGCGGCUCCAGGGACCUGCUCGGGCUCUGCCGGGAAGAUGAACAAGAUGAAAAACUUCAAGAGGAGAUUUUCGCUGUCGGUGCCGCGCACGGAGACCAUCGAGGAGUCUCUGACGGAGUUCACCGAGCAGUUCAACCAGCUCAACAACCAGAGGAACGAGGACCUGGCUCAGCUGCCUGGGGACAGCAGCCCCGUGUCCCCCCCGGAGGGACAGGGCCAGUCCCCGGUGCCCCCCGUGCGCUUCCGCAACCACGGCCAGCGCCGCUUCUCCAUGGAGGACGUCAGCAAGCGCCUCUCGCUGCCCAUGGACAUCCGGCUGCCCCCCGAGUUCCUGCAGAAGCUGCAGAUGGAGAGCCUGGAGCUGCCCAAGCCCCUGAGCAGGAUGUCCCGGCGAGCCUCGCUCUCAGAUAUCGGAUUUGGGAAGCUGGAAACCUACAUCAAACUGGACAAACUGGGAGAGGGCACCUACGCCACGGUGUUCAAGGGCCGCAGCAAACUCACGGAGAACCUGGUGGCGCUGAAGGAAAUCCGCCUGGAGCACGAGGAGGGGGCUCCGUGCACGGCGAUCCGGGAAGUGUCGCUGCUGAAGAACCUCAAACACGCCAACAUCGUCACCCUGCACGACAUCAUCCACACCGAGCGCUCCCUCACCCUCGUCUUCGAGUACCUGGACAACGACCUCAAGCAGUACCUGGAGAACUGCGGGAACCUGAUGAGUGUGCACAACGUGAAGAUCUUCAUGUUCCAGCUGCUCCGUGGCCUGGCUUAUUGCCACGGCAGGAAAAUCCUCCACCGAGACCUCAAACCCCAGAACCUGCUCAUCAACGAGCGAGGGGAGCUCAAGCUGGCUGAUUUUGGAUUAGCCAGGGCCAAGUCAGUCCCCACUAAAACCUAUUCCAACGAGGUGGUGACGCUCUGGUACCGGCCCCCCGACGUCCUGCUGGGAUCCACCGAGUAUUCCACACCCAUCGACAUGUGGGGGGUCGGGUGCAUCCACUACGAGAUGGUGACGGGCCGGCCGAUGUUCCCCGGCUCCACGGUGAAGGAGGAGCUGCACCUCAUCUUCCGGCUGCUGGGAACCCCCACAGAGGACACCUGGCCUGGGAUCACGUCCAACCAGGAGUUCAGGGCUUACAACUUCAGCCAGUACCGAGCGCAGCCGCUGCUCAACCACGCGCCGAGGCUGGAUUCAGAAGGUGUCGAUCUGCUGACGAACCUGCUGCUGUACAGAGCCAAGGGCCGGAUCUCAGCCGAGGCAGCGCUGCAGCACCCCUACUUCAGGAGCCUGGGGGAGAGGGUGCACCUCCUGCCUGACACCGCUUCCAUCUUCUCCCUGAAGGAAAUCCAGCUGCAGAAGGACCCCGGGCACCGGGGCUCAGCCUUCCAGCACUCAGCCCGAGGCAAGAACAGGAGGCAGAGCAUAUUUUAAACUCGGCUGAAAUUGGGAUGUGGUCGCCAUGGAGAUGGAAGCUGUGAGAAGGGAGAGGCUCCAGCAGGACCAGGCUGUCCCCAAACCCCUCCAAGGACCCGUGGCCUUGUCCCCACCCCGUUGUUUUUUGUGUUGUCCCCGCUGGGAGGGGCCCAGGAGGGUUUGGGGGAUCGGGGAGGGGAUUUGCUGGGAAUGAAUCUGUGCAGGACAAGCUGCUCUGCACCCCCUGGUUUUUAUUUUUUUUUUGUUGGACUGGCAUUGGCAGCGCCUGGAGCACAUCUGGAGCACAUCUGGAGCACAGAAUCCAGGGCAGCCCCCUCUUAUUUCCCCCAGAUCUGCUCCCUUUCCCCUCCUUGGUACCCAAAUCCAGCUGGGGAUGGAGCAGCCAAAAUUCCCAGCGCUCCCCCAGCCCCUGCUCCCAAAUUCCAGAAUAUUCUGGGAUGUUCUGAGCCCUGGGAUGGGGCAGGGAUGGGUGGAGCAGCCCCUUCCCCAAACAGCCAAGGGGAGAGGGAUCAGCUUUUCCUUGAGAGAGAAUUCCCAAACCCUGGGAAAAACAGGAAUUUCUUCCCUCCUAAGCUUUUAUUUUUAUGGAGUAGGAAUAAAAUAAUAUUUCUUUGGGAUUUCGGCUUUUCCUGAGGAAUUUUUUGGCAGAUUUUCCAGGAUUUUUUUUUUUACCCCUCUGGAAUCACCCCUAGAAUCCCCAACUUUACAUCAAAGCUGUGUGAUCAUUCCAGAGAGAAUUCCAGAAAAAA